AUGUCACCCGAACAUGCAACCAUGCGCCUGGACGAGUGGCAGCCGGUCGAUGUCCGUUCCAUGGACUUCAGCGGGGCGUUUAAUUCUUUAAACCACAGGUUUCCGAAUGUCAAACUGCCGUCUAUAGAAACCGUUGGAAAGGCGAGGCAAUGGGCAAAUAUUUUUUCACCAAGGCGAAGUUUGGUUGUUAAGUUAACCGACCCUGUGUCCCAUGGUGCUGUUGCUGUAUCUGUUUACUUGGUCAACGUGGUUGGACCCUCCGUAACUCUUGACGCCAACGACACUUUCGGCAAAAUCUUACCUGAUUUUCCGCCUCUCACCGGACCGGCAAACAACUUAUUCUAUGUGCGAUCGGUGGUCGUACAUCACAUCAGUGCCGCGGGACCUGUUUUUGGCAGUUCUCGUCACCUGGCCCCAGACAAACUAGCCAAUGCCCGUCAUGAGCUCCACCAAAUGAUGGACCCUGGCAUCACCCGUCCCUCGAACAGCCUGUGGGCGUCUCCAUUGCAUAUUGGGCCGAAGAAAACUUCUGGCGACUGGCGUCCGUGUGGUGACUACCGUCGCGCAGAUCAGGUCAUAACGCCAGAUCUUCGGCCUGUGCCUCACAUUCAUGAAACCACCUUCGCUCUGGCUGGAUCCAACAUCAUCAAAAUCGACCUCACCCGGGCCUGUCGUCAAAUUCCAGUCAUUGACAAGGAGGUUGCGAAAAUUGCAGUCUCCUGGAGUUUCUCCGUGUGCAAUUUGGCCUGUACAAUGCUGCCCAAACGUUCCAGCGGUUUACUGACGCUGUUACGCGCGGGCUACCCUCCGUUCACCCUUACGUCGAUGAUAUCCUGGUCGCUAGCCCAGGUGUUGCCGACCAUGAGCUCCAUCCGCGACAGCUCCUCCAGCGGUUAG